CCAGUCUUCCCCAGCACUCUCUCUCUCUCUCUCUCAGAGAAGCAGUGAAAAUGGCAAGCUCUCAGUGCUGUGCAAAUCCUCCAAAGUUGAGCUCUACCUGCGGGCAGGGUGGUGUAGAAGACGUCGGUGGCCUCAAGACCUACAUCACCGGCCCUUCCGAUUCCAAGCUUGCUGUUCUCCUCGUUUCCGACGUUUAUGGAUAUGAAGCACCAAACUUGAGGAAGCUUGCAGACAAAAUUGCAGCUGCCGGGUUCUAUGUGGUGGUUCCUGACUUCUUUUACGGGGAUCCAUUUGUACCCAAUGAUCCUAAGAGACCCAUUCAGGGGUGGAUAAAAGAUCAUGGAACGGAUAAAGGAACUGAAGAUGCAAAAGCAGUUGUUGCAGCUUUGAAAAGUAAAGGAAUAUCUGCAAUUGGGGCUGCGGGUUUUUGCUGGGGUGCGAAGGUAGUUGUGGAAUUAGGGAAGCAGAGUCUCAUUGAUGCUGCAGUGCUGUGCCAUCCUUCAUUUGUCACUGUCGAUGAUAUUAAAGAGGUUAAAACGCCCAUUGCCAUACUUGGAGCCGAGGUUGACCAAAUGUCUCCACCAGAGCUGGUGAAACAAUUUGAGGAGGCUUUAUCUGCGAAAGCUGAGGUGGAUUCUUUUGUGAAGAUCUUCCCGGGGGUGGCACAUGGAUGGACAGUGAGGUAUGAUGUUAAUGAUGAUGCAGCUGUGAAGAAGGCAGAAGAAGCGCAUCAGGACUCAUUGGGCUGGUUCACCAAGUAUGUCAAGUAAGAGAAGAUACUCCACGCUAUCUGAUUAAAAACAACAUUUAAUAACACUAGCAUGAGUUUGUGUAACCUGCAUUUCUGUGUUAUUAGUGGGAUUCAGUGAGUGAUUCCGACGAGUCUGUAGAUGUAGUAAUCAAGGUGAUUGUUUGUCAGGUUUUGAAUAUUACUUACCAAAUAUCUAUUAUUACAAGUCAUAACUCAUAUGGUUGUCAA